GCCUUAUUUAUAUUAAGUUGACCAUGUUUAUUACAGCACAUUAAAGUCAUGCCGUUGUGAUUUUUGCCUUUUAGUGUAUAUCAUAUAUUGAAUUAUCAGUAUUUUGUUUAUUUGCUUUCUGCAAUUUAAAUGUGAUGCAUUCGCUUGUCAAUGAAAUCAAGGCUUUUUCCAAAACGUCGCUCAGGAAACAGAGCACGAGAGUGACAACUAUAACUGGGAGAAGACUAAUUGAAACGCUGAGAGAUGCUCGAGUGCACGUCGAAGAAGAUGCUCAGCAAACGGAUGGAGCUUGUGGAUAUGUCCAUGAUACCAGCCUUGAUCUGCAAGUUGGUGUUAUUAAACCGUGGCUUUUGCUGGCUUCACAAGAUGUGGCCCAUAAUUAUGAAAAAUUAAAAACACACAAGAUAUCUCACAUCUUGAAUGUGGGCUAUGGCAUAGAAAAUGCCUUUCCCUGUGAGUUCAUUUACAAAAACGUUUCCAUACUGGACCUCCCUGACACUGCCAUCACCUUGUACUUUCAAGAAUGCUUUGACUUUAUUGACCAAGCCAAGACACAGAAUGGUGUGGUGCUGGUUCAUUGCAAUGCUGGAGUGUCUCGUUCUGCAUCUAUAGUGAUAGGUUAUCUCAUGUGGUUAUAUGGACUCAGCUUUAAUGAUGCUUUCUCAGAAGUGAAGAAUGCAAGGCAGGUUAUCAAUCCUAACCCUGGGUUUAUGGAGCAACUGAAGAAUUACCAGACAAAGAAAUGAAUAGAACAAAAUGGUGCUGAAUAAGAAGGACUGAAUUGUAUGAAUGCUACAUACUUUUAACAGGAGAGCAAUGCUGUUAAUGCAAUUUGUACAUUUUCAACUUGAUUUUAGCUGUAUUUACUGUUGAUGUUUCCCAAAUUAAUGUUAUGUAAAUAUAAAUAAUGUAUGCUGGUUUGAAUGUUGAUAAAUUACAAAUUACAAAAAACUAAAAGGGUUAAUAUUGAGCAAAGUAAAAGAAAGUUGCUGUGAUUUAUAAAGUCAACAGCUUGGUAACAAAACUGUAGAUACCAUAUGUUUAUUGAUAGAAAAAUAUGUACUGUAAAACUUAUGAUGUUGUUUAUUUUAGAUUAUCUUGGAGCAAUGGAUCUUUAUUUAUGCUUGUAAAACUGUUUAUUUAAUGGUUAAUAUUUACAAUGCUAGAUACUCGACAAAUAAAACAUAGAACACUAAAGAGACGAGAAAAUCUAGAGAUGCUGGAAGUCCAAGCAACAAAAAUGAUGGAGGCACUCAGCAGGCCAGACCCUUCAUUGGGAGUGAAGAAAGGCCUCAGUCUGAAAUGUCAGCUGUUUUCUCUUUUCCACAGAUGCUGCCUGGACUGCUGAAUUCCUCCAGCAUUCUGUGUGUGUUGUAUAGAACAGUACUGCACGCAACAGGCCCUUUGGCCCACGAUAUUGUGCUGAAAUGAAACUAACUUAGAAGAAAUCAUAAUCCAUUGAGUUUAAGAAAUUGUAUAAAAUUAGUGUAAAGUAUAAAUGGUUACAAAUGUGUCAAGCAGGAGUUUUUGUUCAAAUGGAUUCACCUGCCAUUAAAAAUCAUAAAUGAUAAAAAAGAUGACUUCUUGAGGCAGAUUCUUUAUAUUUACUUGAGUGUCUCUAAUAGAUUCAAAUUCCUCUUACGAACAUUAUUUUUAAAGUUAAUAUUAAAAGUUCAUGGCCUGGAGCAUUUUGAUAAAAAAAUGUACUAACAUGUAAUAAUAUGACCAGUGUAUAAGUAAUAAAAUAUCCAGUUGUUAAGAUUGAUUUUUGGGUGUCCUUUUCAGUAAGUACCAAUCUCCUUUCUUGGGUCCUGUUUGGUGUAGCAAAUAUAGGGGAUGUAAGUGAUGCAGAUUAAAAUCUUCUCAUCAGAUUCCUAAUAAAAUUGGCUCCCUAUCACACAAAAUCCUGACUCAGUCCACAGAAAACUUUAUAAGAUUGAUUAAUACAAUUUACUAAUGGGCACAGAUAGUGUAGAUAGUCAAAAUUGUUUUCCCAGGGCAGGAAAGCCUCAA